CAAACAACUCACACGAUCUUCACGCUUUUUUUUUUGUCAAUCUAUAUUUGUCUUUCUUUCCUUUCGUUUGAAAAAAAGAACAGCACCACAUCAUUGCCCCUUUCCCUCUCUUUCUCUGUCUCUCCCAACAUAACCAUUGGGAGAGAGAAUCAGAGAAACCAUCAUGGAUCCAUCCCAUGAUGAAAGAGGACCCCCAAAUGAAUCAUUAACCCACCAGUCCUCUUCCCGUAGGCAUGGGGAUGCACCACCACCGACGGUGGCACCACCGCAAAUGAUGUAUUAUUACCCGCAAGGGUAUGCCCCACAACCCAUGCCUCACCAAGGUUACCCACCAGGUUAUGCCCCAUACCCUAAUGAGUACCAUCAACAACCAUACCAUUACCCCGCAGGUCCCUACUUUAGCACUCCACCGACCUAUCACAAUGGUGGCGGAAGCAAAGCCUUCAUUCGUGGCUUCAUAAUGUGUUCAUGUUUAAUAUUCACAUGCCUCUUUGUUGCCACCCUUAUUAUGGCGCUAGUGUUGCACCCCCAAUUACCCGUUUAUACGAUUAAUUCCUUGUCUGUGGCAAAUUUCAACACCACUCAAUUGUUAACCGCAAAUUGGAACACUAGCAUCAUGAUCCAUAACAUCAACAAUAGGCUAAUUGGUUUAUUUUCUGAUUUUAAGGUGGAUUUGUUGCACAAAAAUUACAUAGUAGCAGUGAGUUAUGUGCCUAAUUUCGAGUUGAACAAGAACGAGGUUAAGCGAAUUGAUGCGACACCAUUGUCAAAUGGAUUCUCAUUCCCAAAGUCGAACUUGGAUGACAUGGCAAAGGAGCAAGCCGGUGGGUCCGUCACAUUUGCUUUGAGGAUGACUUCCAUGGUCACGUUCAUGUCUAGCACAAUGUCCACAAGAAACACGUUGAUACUAGCACUUUGCAGUGGCUUGAAGGUUGUGUUUCAAAACAACACUGGCAACGGAGUGUUGGACAAUGCGGGAAAGCCCAUCAGUUGCCAACUUUAUAUGUGAAAAUUGGAAUGACCUGGUGUAAUACAAUUUUUUUUUCCAUUUUAAUGCAUGUGGGUAAGAUUUUAUAUA